GCUAAAUCAUAUUAUUUUAUAUUACAAAUAUGCGGAUUUAUUCCUAUACAUUCAACAUUCUUAUUCUUUCAUUGUUAUGGACAGUUGCCAUAGUGGCGGGCCUUAUUUGCCAGUUCCCGCACUGUGACACGGUCGUCUGUGAGCCGGUAGCCAACUGCACGGGGGAGGUAAAGGAUUCUGGUGGCGGAUACUGCGGCUGUUGCCGUGCGUGCUUCAUUUACCUCGAAACCAACAUGACCUGUGAGGUGCAAGACCUCGUUGAAGCUUUGGUGCAUCCGACGACAGUUGUCUGCAAACCCGGACUGGAAUGUGAGCGUAAUAGCUCCACCUGUCAGCCGAACCCUUAUCCCUUUGGCUAACGCAGAAAUUGUACCAAUGGUUAGCUGCAACAUGGUGAAUUCUCUGUUUAAUUCCAUGAAAAUAAAAUCUCCCGCUUAU